AAUAGUUAUCUAUAAGAGAUCCAUUAUAUACUAAUGUCUGGGUUUGUUCCAAUUAAUCCAAAACCUUUUUUGCAAGAAUUAACAGGAAAAUCGGUAUUAGUAAAGCUUAAAUGGGGCCAGGAAUAUAGAGGUUUUCUUCAGAGUGUUGACUCCUAUAUGAAUAUUCAGUUAGCAAAUACAGAAGAAUUUGUAGAUGGGAAAAAUACAGGUCAAUUAGGUGAAGUUAUGAUUCGAUGCAAUAAUGUUCUUUGGAUUACUGGUAAUGUCGAUUGUAUUGAUUUGAAAGAAGGUUAAACAUAUUUUUUGAAUAACUUUAAAAAUACUAUGUAAAUUGAAUAAUAUUUAAAAUUGUAUCAUGAGAAUAAAGCCC